AUGUCCGAUUCUGACGGCCUUCGCUCGCUAUUGAAGCGAAUCAUGACCUCAAGUGAACACUCAGAUAUCACCAUUUCUUGUGGUGCAUACAAUCACCGGGUCCACCGAGCGAUCAUAAGUGCUCAGUCCGAAGUCCUGGCCGCUAUGUGUCACGACAACUUCCUCGAAGGCAAGACUGGAAAAAUUAGUUUACCCGAUGACGACCCCGAGGCGAUAAACAUCAUGGUCCAGCAUCUGUAUGGGCAAAACUACGAAGACACCAGACCAGAUUUGGAAGACUAUGGGGAGGAUCGUGCCCUACUAAACCUAAAAGUAUAUGCGAUUGCCGAUAAAUACAAUAUCACUUCUCUCGAAGAGUCGGCGAAAGCUGAAUUCAGGGCUUGGGCUUGGAGCUCUCAGCGCACAGAGCCCUGGGGUCGUGUUGUGGAAGAGAUCUGGAAAAGCAACGAAUUCUCCGGUCUCCAUCUUGUUAUCGAGAAGCAAUUAGCAGACAAUAUUGAUCGAAUGCUUGAGGACGAUUGGCUGCCAUUCAUCGAUAUGGGGUUGAAGUUAGGGAGGUUUUCUGCGGCUUUUCUUCAACACAUUAUCGACAAGAAGAACCGCGUAUUCUAUGCAAUACGCGAUGCAAAAGUGAGGCACGAGCUCGAUGUAAUUGACCUUAAAAGAAAGAUCAAGGGCUACAAAAAUACCAUCGAGCAGACCAAACAUACCAUUGAGCAGCUCAGGAACGAGAUGGCUGCCGAUACCUACGAGUCAGAUGGAAGCAUUGAAUUUUGA